AUGACAAACUUUGAUGCCAGCGUAGAUCCCAACAAUCUUAAGGGAAAGUCCAGUGCAAUGGUAGCGCGUUGGCUACUUGGAAAUGGAAACCUCUUUUGCUGGAGUAGUAUGCUUACAAUAGAAGAUUACUAUUCUCAUAUUUUUUCCGGUAUUGCAUUUGUUACACUUGCAAUACUUGCAAAUCACGAGGCAAAACUCAAUACAAGAAAAAGGAACCUACUUGGAUAUAGUUUACUUUUCAUAGGCUCUCUUCUUAUUUUAGUUGUGGAUUUAGCUACAUCAGGAAGAGGGGGACUUGAAACUUUCAUUGGGAUUUGUGUCGUUAAUGCUGCAUUUGGAGUUGCAGAUGCUCAUGUGCAGGGUGGAAUGGUUGGAGACCUAUCCUUCAUGAAACCUGAAUUUCUACAGUCUUACCUUGCUGGUAUGGCAGCAUCAGGGAUCAUAACUUCUGGUUUGAGGUUAAUUAUAAAAGCAGCAUUUCAGGAUUCCAAGAAUGGUCUUCGCAAAGGAGCUAUUCUAUUUUUUGCUCUCUCUGCAUUUUUCGAACUUCUCUGUGUUUUCCUCUAUGCCUAUGCCUUUCCAAGAUUACCCACUGUGAAACACUACCGCUCGAAGGCAGCCUCAGAAGGUUCAAAAACUGUUACAGCUGAUCUUGCGGCUGCUGGCAACAGAACAUUCCAACAAGAAGAAGCUGAGGAAAAGCCAGAAAGAUUUGAGAGGCGAAGCAACAAAGAGUUAUUAUCACAGAACAUUGAUUACGCAAUUGAUCUGUUUCUGACAUAUGUAAUCACAAUGUCUAUUAUGCCUGGAUUUUUAUCUGAAAAUACCGGAUCACAUAAUUUGGGCGAUUGGUAUGCCCUGGUUCUGAUAGCAAUGUACAAUUUGUGGAAUCUUAUUGGUCGAAACAUUAUACUCGUGAAAUCGUUGAAGCUGGAAUCACGAAAAGGUCUCAUGAUAAUCAUUAUCUCUCGUUUCUUACUCGUUCCAGCAUUCUAUUUCACUGCCAAGUAUGCAGACGAAGGCUUGAUGAUAAUGCUGACAAGCGUCUUAGGAUUAACAACCGGUUAUUUCACUGUCUGUGUCCUUACUUCUGCACCAAAAGGUUACAAGGGACCGGAGCAAAACGCCUUGGGGAAUUUGCUUACUUUGUUCCUUCUGUGUGGUAUAUCUGUAGGAUCUGCACUUGACUUAUUGUGGCUGAUAGGCAAAGGAUGGUGA